AUCUUUUGUUCUUUUGCAAUGUGUAUAAUUGAAAUAUAUUAUCAACAUCAUAAAUUCUGUUUUUGAGCAUGUUUAUUUUCUCUUGCAUCAGUCUUUUGGCAAUGUUCUUUUAAGAAUAGAAAGAGUAAACAAGAGUAUGAUGAUUGUAUUUAAUGCUAAAUUCAUGGCCUAUAAUUUAUAUUUGAUGCUCAUCCUAGUGUUGCUUGCAUCUGUCAGAGAUCAGGGCCUACUUUCUAGAGCAUUUUUUGCAACUGAGUUAAGCCAUAAAAAUUACAGUUAAUGCAUCUUGGUAGGCAAGUCACCUCUCUGUCAAAGCAGUAAAAUCAUAUGAUGGGACAAAGUCAGCUAAUGAUUAUAAUUGUUUAAUGUGUAUUCGUACUAGGCAGUGGUCGGCAAGGAAGCUAGCUGACUGCAGUCACACCAUGCUGACACUUGCAUGGAAUGACAUGCAAAUUACUAACAAAUUAAAUGUGCAUUGUAAGAAGAAACUGAGAACUAUUUGAUUUCUCAUGACAGAAGAUUUUCUCAUCACAGACAUGUUCUAGACAUGUUCUAAAACAAAAGGAUCUCAAAUGAUCUUGAGAAAUCUAGCAUCAAGGUUCGAAAGAAAGGUAAUAAAAUUCUGAUGGGCCUUAGAAUUCUGGUUAGAUCAUGAGUAGCUAAAAGAAGUUCAAAUUAUAAAUUAAAAAAUGAAAGUGAUAGAUGCUAUGUUAGAAAAAUAUACAUUUUCAGAAGUCUAAAACCUUAAAAAUUAUGUUUGUGAUUUAUAUAAUUGAAUGUAAUUUAGAAAAACCAUUGGAUCUGUUGGCUCCAAUUUGUUAGAGAUUAAUCAUUGCAUGUACUUAAAACUUCCUAAACCUUAAAUUUUUUUCCCUCUUCCCCUUUUUUUUUCCCUUUUCCUUCUCUCUUCUCACUGCGUCUAUGAUUAGCUAAUGCGAGUGAUAACAUCUUAACAAGCAGCACUGUCCAUUUAGAAGUUAGUAUCUUUUCUUCCUGUUCCUAUUCAUCCUAUGGUCUUUGUUAGGUAGUAAUUAUAGAUUACCCCCUAUAAUUAACUAUGAUUAGCAUCCCGGUUCCUAUACUUUAAAAAGUAGCAUUGGGGUCUAUACACUUACGAAGGUAAAACAUCUAACCCCAAUUCUCUUUAUAUCGUUAAUUUCUUCGACGGAAAAAAAUUGCAUGUGUUAUCAUGUGAAAAAAAAACUAUGAAUGGAAAGGAUAAAAAUGUAAUUUCAAUCUUUAAAAUUAUUAAUUUUAUAUAAACUUUAUCGAUUUCCUCUUCUCCUCCUUUUUCCAAACUGCUCGCCCGCAGCCUGCCACACCUUCCUGCUUGCUCAUCGCAACUGUCGCUCAUCGCUUACUGCUCGCCAACCGCACUUGCUCACUUGCCUCUCGCCCGUCGCACCUGCUCGCUAAUCGCUUACCUACCGCACUUACUCGCUCGCCGCUCUGCCACCUCUCGCCCACCGCACUUGCUCACCUGCCGCUCGCUUGCCCGCGGCGGGCGAGCGACAGGUGAGUAGGUACGACAAGUGAGCAAGUGCGGCGGGCGAGCGAUGGGCGAGCGAGUGUGGCGGGCCAGCAACGGGCAUGUGGGUGCGGCGGGUGAGCAGGUGCGACAGGCGAGCAACGAGCAAGCAGGAAGGCACGACAGACUGCGAGCGAGUAGGAAGGCAGACGAGCAGUUUGGAAAGAUAAUGAAAUUAUGUUUUAUCCUUUUCAUUCGUAUUUUUUUUAUACGUGUGAUUUUUUUCAUCGACGAAGUUAAUGACGUAAGAAGAAUUGAGGUUAAAUGUUUCACCUUCGUAAGUGUAGGGACCCCAAUGCUACUUUUUAAAGUGUGUAAUUGAGAUGCUAAUCAUAGUUAACUAUAGGGGAUAACAUGUAAUUAACCCCCUUUGCUAGUGACAGUCAGAUUUGGCUUUUCUUUUCCUCUCUAUUGUGUCACUUUUUCCUUUCACAAUUGCUGGUCUCAAUUGGCCAAUUUUAGUCUGUUCUUUUCAAUUCAUUGCCAAUCGAUCGAUAAUAUGGAGGAAUCAAUCUGAUUAAGCUUAGCUGAGCCAAGAAAGAAAGAAACUAGGUGAAAAUGUCAGCAUUAGACAAACAUCAGCAAAGCACCCGGAUGAUAGAAGAAUUAGGUGAAAAUGCCAUAUUUCAAAUUUCCCCACCAUUGGUGAGAUUUGUUGGCUAGGUAAUUUGACAAUGUGAAAGGGGUAUGAUGAUGUUGGAUAGGGAAUUUGGACAUAUCAAAGGGACUGGUAUGUGAGGAAGUUAAGUAAAAAUUAUUUGACAAAAUCUAGUAGACUGACAAUCAUUUUCUGAAAAUUUGGUUUCUGGUCAAGAACUUAUACUAGCUCAUGACAUUGUCCUCAUUUUUGUUAGAAGUGGUGGACUAGAUAAUGGAUAUGAAAAUGAAAAGUGGAAGACAUUGGAGGGUUAGUGAUGAUAGUUAUUUUUAGAACAGUAGUCUUGAGUAUCAUAGUUUUAAAUCUUGAUCCAGUUUCUGCAAAGUGGAAGCAAUUGAAGGCUUAAUGAUGCUAGUUGUCUCUAAACAAGAGUCUUGAGUAUUAUCAUUACUUUUUUAAGUCUUGUACCAGAACCAAAAUCUAUUUUUCCAUUAAAUAAGUAUCAUAUCAGUGUGUACCAACAUGUAGUUCCUGGUUUUAUUAAAAUAAAUAAAAAAUGAAUACCCAGUGGUACCUAACUUAGCGAAUUGUUAUUCAUUCGCGGUCAAACAUGUAAAUAUCAGGUGUUAUGGACUAUCCUGGUUGUGUUUUAUGAUCAUGAGUAUUAUUUCAUCUAAAAUAUGACUAUUGGAUUCUUAUGGUUCUAAUUUUCAUGUAACUUUAUUGUCUCAAUGAGUAUAAUUUAUUGAUGGAUAUUAGGAAAGUCUUUUAAGCUUGAUUUUUCUUUGUUUGUCUAAAACCUUCUGAAACAUGUAGCUUGUAAGUACUAAUCACAUGUUUAUCCUUAUUGGGUAUUCGGGGAAUUCUGGAUUGAAUAUUCAAAUAUUCGAAAUCUUUUUAAAAUCUCUCUCUUUGGCUGUUAGUUUAUUAAAUCUUCUCAUGGUUAUCUUUGAGAAGGAGCGUUUUACACACUCAAGCUUGUCAUGAAACAAAGCAUGCCAUGCCAAGAAUGUAUGGGCAUGUGGCAUUUUUUCUGUCAGAGACGCGACAUAUGAUUAGGCUAAUUUUUUGGUCAAAUUGGCCUAUCGCAGUCACUAUAGGGUUGUGCUACAUGUAUGGGAUUGUAUAAUGAGGUGCCACUACUCUGCUGUGACAUGGUGGCAAUCAGCACAGUUGGUCUUCUUUUAUUUGGGAGGUGGCUGGAGCCAUUGUGGGGUUCUAAGGAGUUCUUAAAGUUCAUCAUAGUGGUGAAUUUAUUAACUUCGAUUUGCGUCUUUGUAACUGCUAUUGCUCUGUACUAUAUUACAAGACAGGAAAGCUAUCUAUAUACAGCAUUUUCUGGCUUCCAUGGGAUCCUUUCAGGAUUUCUUGUAGGCUUGAAGCAAAUUCUACCAGAUCAGGAGCUCAGUCUUUUUAUUUUAAAGAUCAAAGCAAAGUGGAUGCCAACUCUCGUUGCAUUGAUCUCAGUUGCCACAAGCUUCUUCACAAUGGAUUCUGUGUCUUACCUUCCAACUGUAUUAUUUGGCAUAUAUAUGAGUUGGAUAUACUUGCGUUACUUUCAAAGGCGACCAGAAACAAGUCUCAAGGGAGAUCCAAGUGAUGAUUUCUCAUUUUCAAGCUUCUUCCCUGAAUUCUUGUGGCCAGUAUUGGACCCCAUUGCUUUAUUAUUUCAUUGGGUUUUUUGUGGAAGAAUAUCUGAUAGCUCUGCUGAUACAAGAGGUGGCACAUUAGAUGGAUCUCCAAUGCCCGGUUCUGAUUCAAUUGACGCGAUCAGAAGAAGAGAACGGGGAGCAAGGGCACUGGAACAAAGACUAGCAGCUGAGAAACUAUCCGCGACGGGGAAAUUAGAAGGGACAUCACAUGAAGGUGCUGCAGAAAAUGUUUGAGUUCCCUCUACAGUUCUUUAAAGUACAAAUCUGCUGUUACAUGUCUCUGAAGUAAGAGGAUAAAUCCUUUCAACAACUUUUCCGGCAGCUACUGAUGCAGUGGAAACCGGGUUAAAACACUUGGGACCUUACCGAAUCACGGUUUAUUUCAUAUCAUGAUGUGUGAAUACACGCAAGUGUACCAUUUGGGGAGAGUAAUCUUGGAUGAGUGAGCUACUUGUUCUUCUCAUCAUUCAAGAGGAAAGGUUGAUUGCCAUGAGAAAGCUUGGGUUACUACUUUGGUUUUUAUACCCUUCUUCAUGAUGGGCAAUUUUAUCAGUCUUUAUUCAUGAUA